AUGGUGAAGCUCAGCUGCAGCAUAGACACCACCAAUGCAGAAGGAGAGAAAGCUCACAGCUCCAGUUUGAAUCUUAUGGUCAGACCCAUUCGGCCCGAAUACGAGAAGGCUGCGAACUUCGCAGCUGGUGUCGUUGACAGAGGUGUCUUCAGGUCAGUGGCACUGGCACUGUCCACUGUCCGAUUGACAUCCUUGAAGUUGGGAGACUCUCAGCGGCUGAGCCCCACUGGGGGGGGCAGGAGCCCGGCACAGGUUAAGCUGGGCGCCAGGCAUAGAGAACUGCCGGCCGAGAGGGCGGUCCGGCGAGAAGUUGCCAUCUCUGAUGGCUAUGAGAACUUCUUCCAAUGCCCGCGCUGCGGGGAUCAGGAUGUGACGACUGUACGUCUCGGUGCUACGAGCAUGGUCGCGGACGUGGUGAGCCAGCAGGCGGCGCAAAUCCAGACCGACACAUGGCUGCUGAGUCUCACGCUCUGCGUCUUCAGCAGCGGCGCUGGCCAGAGCACUGCGCGGCCAUCGCGUGAUUUCCUGGGAGGUCAUCGGCCUACCUGCGAGGUCUCCGUCCGAGGUGAAGGCAACG